GUGUCUAAGAAGAUCUAUUGGAAGUUUGUAGAAGAAGAAGAUGGAGUGUGUGUUUGGAAUGGUGGGCAAUGGUUUCGCUUUGGUAGUGGCAGACUCAUCAGCGGUACACAGUAUACUUGUUCACAAAUCCAAUGAAGACAAAAUCAUGCUUCUUGAUUCUCACAAACUUAUGGGCGCUAGUGGUGAACCUGGUGACAGAGCUCAGUUUACGGAGUAUGUGCAGAAAAAUGUGGCGUUGUAUCAGUUUCGUAAUGGUAUCCCGUUGACUACUGCUGCUGCGGCU